CGCUCUGACCACUGCAACUUUUGCACCGAGAGUCCUCGCACUCCACAGUCAUGUCGCACAAUAGCUGAAGUAAACCUGUCACCGUGGCUCGUCCGAGGAGCCUCCACGCCAGGCGGGAUUGCUAUCGCCUCGACACCGGUCUCCAGCUCGGCUUUUUUGUCUCUCCGUGUCGUCGGACCGCACGUUCGAACCCGACUGGAUCGGAAUUAUGAGCGUUUUCCCUCACUAAUGAAGCGGGCCAGUAAUGCAGGAGACCGCAUCAGUCUUUCAAGAUGGCAGAUUUUUAUUGAGUUUUGAGCUGAUCUUUCGCUUGAUUUUUUUGCCAUGAAUAACAGACCGCCUUGCACCGAUGGCCCCUGUAUACGAAGGUAUGGCCUCGCAAGUGCAAGUGUUCUCCCCUCACACUCUCCAGUCAAGUGCCUUCUUUAGCGUGAAGAAACUGAAGGUGGAGCAGAGUUGUAACUGGGAUAUGACAGGGUACGGCACACACAGCAAAGUCUACAGCCACAACAGCAGCAAGAACGUGUCAGCCGCCAGCGGCCCCCUAAGCAUCAACAGCUCCUCCCUGCCCUACGAGCAGGCGCUCAUCUUCCCAGCCAGUGCCGGCCACAUUGUGGUCGCCUCAGCCAGCAGUACUUCAGGGGCUGUGGGGUCUCUGCUGGGCAGUGGGAGUGGAGGCAGCUGCAGCAACAGCAGUGGUGGAGGAGGUAGCAGUGGUCUUCACAAUCUGACUCGUCGGAGCACCGUCAGUCUACUGGACACCUACCAGCGAUGCGGGCUUAAACGCAAAAGUGAAGAGCUCGACAACACUAGUAGUGUGCAGAUCAUUGAGGAGCAAGGCCCACUGAUGAUCCAGAACGGCGCAGCCAGUGGAGCGACGGUGGCUACAGUGGCCACCGCCACAUCCACGGCCACCUCCAAGAACAGCAACUCCAACAACGAGGGCGACUACCAACUGGUGCAGCAUGAGGUGCUCUGCUCCAUGACCAACACGUAUGAGGUGCUGGAGUUCCUGGGAAGAGGAACCUUCGGACAGGUGGUCAAAUGCUGGAAAAGGGGCACGAAUGAGAUUGUGGCGAUCAAGAUCCUUAAAAACCACCCUUCAUAUGCACGACAGGGUCAGAUUGAGGUCAGCAUCCUGGCACGCCUGAGCACAGAGAGCGCAGAUGACUACAACUUUGUGAGGGCCUACGAGUGCUUCCAGCACAAGAACCACACGUGCCUGGUGUUCGAGAUGUUGGAACAGAACCUGUAUGAUUUCCUGAAGCAGAACAAGUUUAGUCCACUUCCACUCAAAUAUAUUCGACCGGUACUACAACAAGUGGCUACGGCGUUAAUGAAGCUGAAGAGUCUGGGUCUUAUUCACGCGGACCUGAAGCCUGAAAACAUCAUGCUUGUGGAUCCUUCUCGUCAGCCGUACAGGGUUAAAGUGAUUGAUUUUGGUUCUGCCAGUCAUGUGUCCAAGGCCGUCUGUUCCACGUAUCUGCAGUCCAGAUACUACAGAGCCCCGGAGAUCAUCCUUGGUCUACCGUUCUGCGAGGCGAUAGACAUGUGGUCCUUGGGCUGCGUGAUAGCCGAGCUCUUCCUGGGAUGGCCUCUCUACCCUGGAGCGUCUGAGUACGAUCAGAUCCGGUACAUCUCACAGACACAGGGUCUUCCUGCAGAGUACCUACUGAGUGCAGGGACGAAGACCACCAGGUUCUUCAACAGAGACCCAGACUCCACCUAUCCUCUCUGGAGACUUAAGACACCAGAGGAUCAUGAGGGUGAGACUGGGAUCAAAUCCAAGGAGGCUCGCAAGUACAUCUUCAACUGCUUGGAUGACAUGGCACAGGUGAACAUGACGUCAGAUCUAGAAGGGAGCGACAUGUUGGCAGAGAAGGCAGACCGGAGGGAGUUCAUCGACCUGUUGACGAAAAUGCUGACCAUCGACGCGGACAAGAGGAUCACCCCAAUAGAAACCCUCAACCACCCUUUUGUUACUAUGUCCCACCUGCUUGACUUCCCUCACAGCACACAUGUGAAGUCCUGCUUCCAAAACAUGGAGAUUUGCAAGCGUCGUGUCAACAUGUAUGACACGGUCAACCAGAGCAAGACACCCUUUAUCACGCACGUGGCCCCCAGCACCUCCACCAACCUCACCAUGACCUUCAACAACCAGCUCAAUACUGUGCACAGCCAGGCCACCAACCUGCCUCCCACCUCCGCCAGCAAUGCCAGCAUUUCCUUUGCCAGCCCUGAUGUCUCCAUACUAAACUACCAUUCUGCACUCUACCAGCCCUCUGCUGCCUCCAUGGCGGCCGUGGCCCAGAGGAGCAUGCCGCUGCAGCCGGGGGCUCCUCAACUCUGCGCUGCUCGACCAGACCCCUUUCAGCAGGCUCUCAUUGUCUGUCCUCCUGGCUUCCAAGGGCUGCAGGCCUCUCCUUCCAAGCACACAAGCUACUCCAUGCGGAUGGAGAACGCUGUUCCCAUUGUGACCCAGGCCCCGGGUGCCCAACCGCUGCAGAUCCAACCUGGACUCCUCACACAGCAGGCCUGGCCCAGUGGCACGCAGCAGAUCCUGCUGCCGCCAGCAUGGCAGCAGCUCACACACACCUCGGUCCAGCACGCCUCUGUCAUCCCGGACUCCAUGAGCAACACACAACCUCUCGCCAGCUGGAGGAACUCUCACCCUCAUGGCAGCCAUUACAAUCCCAUCAUGCAACAGCCGGCCUUGUUGGCAGGUCAUGUCACCCUCCCAUCCAACCAAGCACUCAACGUGGGCGUGGCUCACGUCAUGAGGCAACCAACGAACAACAACUCAUCUUCCAAAAAGAACAAGCAGCACCAGAUGUCUGCAAGGAACAUGUCAGCCUAUGAAGUGUCGUCCUCUCAGGCGGUGUUGUCUCCUCAGCGUUCCAAGCGGGUGAAGGAGAACACUCCCCCGCGCUGUGCCGUUCCUCAGAACGGCUCCAAUUGCCCUCCACCGCAGGGCUGCGGGGGCGGAGGGUGGGGGCCGAAUGAACCAGAGCAGGCUUCCAGCACCACUCGAGACCAUCAGCACCAGCAGCACGUCCCCAGACAGACCAUCAUCAUCCCGGACACGCCCAGCCCUGCAGUCAGCAUCAUCACCAUCAGCAGCGACACGGACGAGGAGGACGACCACAAGCAAAACAAUAGCUCAUCUUCCAAACAGAGGAAGAACGUCAUCAGCUGUGUGACGGUCCACAACUCCCCAGACUCCGACUGUUCUAGCAACAAUAGCCCGUACACCGUGGAGUCCAGACCCCCCAACAACAACAGCUACGACACAAAGACCACCAUUCUGGACAACUACAACAACGGAAACCCUCGCACCAUCAUCAUCCCUCCACUGAAAACCCAAAACAAUGAGGUCCCGAUCGAUUGUGAGCGGUUGAUGCCAGAAGCAGUCAAUCACCAGAAUUCUGCUUACAAGCUGAAGUCCUCCAGUAACGUGGUGUCUGGCAAUAAUCUCAUGCAAGGAGGCGUGAAUGGAGCCUACCGGCAGCAGCGCUCAGGGCCACACCACCUUCAGCAGCAACCCCUGAAUCUCAGCCAGGCCCAGCAGCACAUGGUAGCCGAGCAAACACGAGGUCAUCGGCGUCAGCAAGCCUACAUCACCCCCACCAUCGCCACUCAACCCCCAUACUCCUUCCACCACAACAGCCCCUCCCACACAGGGAAUAUGCACCCUCACUUGGCCGCCACGCAUCUCACCAACCAGCCGCACCUUUACACCUACACCACGCCCGCCGCCCUCAGCUCCACCGGCACCGUCGCUCACCUGGUGGCGUCGCAGGGCUCCGCGCGCCACACGGUCCAGCAUGGAAGUUACCCCCCGAGCAUCGUCCAUCAGGUCCCAGUCAGUAUGGGUCAUCGUGUUUUACCAUCCCCCACCCUCCACCACAGCCAGUACCAAGCCCAGUUUGCUCACCAGGCCUACAUAAGCGCCUCGCCCGCCUCUACGGUCUACACUGGAUACCCACUGAGUCCCACCAAGGUCAACCAGUACCCUUACCUCUAGAGAUACACUGGAGAGCCUGACCCGGCGCUGCUGCUCCCCCCACCUCCUUCCUUCAGGAUCCCAAACAUCGAAACACAGACAGAGGAACCUGCAAUCCUCAUUGAACUGUCAACUUGAAGAAAAAGAGUCGCCCUCACGUGAAGGGAACCGUGUCGGAUUUAACAGCGCUCAAGGUUGCUUUCCUUCUUUAUGUAAAAGGGCCAGUUCUUUUCUCUCCACUUUGCUUUAAGUGACGUCUUCUUUUUGUUGAUGUGGGAAGCUGGAAGCAGGCCUUGCUUUGGACCGUGGAUUUUUGCUGUUUCUUUUAUUUACCCAUCCUAAAUGUGGGAAGCGACUGUUGAACAGGGGCUACUGACUGGAAGUUUGAAAUCCCAAGAUACAUGGGUGAAGGUGAAAUACAAAAAUCUGCUGCUCUUCAAAGAAAAAUUGUUGAUGGCCUUGAACUGUCUUAAUAUUUCCAAAUCAUUCACGGAGAAACUCCCUUCACUCCACCGCCUCACGCCGAGGAGACUUCUGGAAAUAUAACCAACAGACAAACUUUUUUUUUUUUCAUUUCAUGUAUUUAUAGAUGAUUUUGAAUUUCUGACAAUAAUUCAGUUCUUGGUGUCUUAGAGCUGCGCCCCGUUCUUAGAAUGUAGCACCUGUUGAAAGGAGAAAACUUUUUGGUUCUUAUCCUGAAACCAAUAGAUUGAUUUGUUCCUCUUCUUUCCAAUGUGAUUGCACAAAGUGGUUAUAAUAACAUAGGCAUGUACAACGUGAUUGUCUGUGUGUGCUACUGUCAGCCAUGCGUGUGUAGUCCACCUUGAACCCCUCCUUAGGAGUCCGACCGUCAUUCCCUCGUAGUGCCUUACAGAUAUAACGUCACAGUUUACCGGGACAGUUGUAGCAUUCUUCCGGGUGUAAGCUCCGCCCCCUGCCGGUGAAAGGUCUUAAAUAUGAUGACAAAAGGUCACAACUUGUUUAGAUUGCUAACCAAAUAGGUUGAUGAAAUUCAUUUUUUGUGAGUAGUGGAGAUGCUAACACAGUGGGGCCCCAAACUAUCAAAGUGAAGGAGUAGAAAUGAGGGCGAAAUCUUAGCUUGAGAGAAGGUCCUGACAGAAAGUGAUCGCUGCCAUGAGGGUGAGGUUGGGUCUGGCUCCUGCAGAGAGUCAGAGUUCAGAUGGGUAUUUCUCAGAAGGAGUGGCGCAGGCGUGAGCGAGGAGCGGGUCCGUUUGGGACCAGACGCUCCUCUGCUGAAGGGGAUCAAAAUGGUAGCAAGUUGGCACUGAGCACGUUGAUAGUAACACUGAGCCCGCCGGCUCCACCGUACCACCGAUCGCACACUUUUGUCUCUUCUGGAAGUUUUAGCAAAGAGCCAAAAAAAUGAACAGCAGGGGAGCGGCUUAUGCCUGGAAGAUGAGAUUUCGGAGGUAAACACGAGUGUGUUCCUCUGUCGUUGGUACACUUCAGCUGCAACACGUAGAGAACCAAUAGGGCUGUUUGCUUUGCUGCUUGAUUCUUUUUUCCGUGUAGCCAAUAACGUCAGUUCGUCUCCAUCACUGUCGCUGGUGGUUUUAGGGGAAAAAAGAAAAAAAGAAAAACAAUCCCUCUCCUCGUCCUCCUCCUUUAACGUUUGCCAUAGUACUUGCAUUUGAAGUGAUUUCUUUUAACAUUAUUUUGGCCGUAGUAAAUGUUGUAUUAUGUUUUUUUCAUUUAGAGAUUGUUGCAAUAAUUCUUGUGGAUGUUUUACCAGAAUGUUUGUUUUUGAUGUGUCUGCUCAUUUCUAUGUUGCAAGCAGGGGAUUUCAUGGAUGUUCAUUUACCACGGAGGUCAGUCAGUCCAAACUCACUGCAACUGGAUUUGCUAAAUUAUUUAUGACCCAUGAUUGAUUCAACAAUUACCCCGGUUCUUCUUCUUCCUCUUAAAAAAAAAAAAGUAUAAAUAAAUAAAAAUAGGCUCAGAACAAGUGUAUUAUGGAAACAAUAAAUUAUACAUGAUCAUUUUUGCAUCCUAAAAUGCUAAUUCCUUCCAUAUGUAGUCAUGGACUGGCUGAAAAAAAACAACAAAAAAGCAGACAAAAAUAGUGACUAUAUUAUAUCUGCAUGUUUGUGCUAGAGUUCAACAUAUUCUUUAAAUUUUAAACUUAUUUGGCCCUGUAUUUCAUAAAAUGUAUCAAGAAUGAAAUGAUCCUGGAGGAUAUUUUAAAAAAUGAAUUUAUUUAAUAUUCUUAUGGCGCCUUCUAACCGCAAAGCAGAAAACAAAUAAAUAAAGAAGACCACCGGUUUGUUACAUAACUGAGUGCGAAUGUUGCGAUUUUGGGAAGGUGACAUAGUUUAUGCUACGUUGAGUUACCUUUAAUAACAUAGGAACAUCUCAGUUACCAGGAGUUGUUCCGGUCAAGAAGGCUGCUUUUGUCUUCUACAUUAUUAGAAGAAGUUGCUCAGUGUGAGCUAAAUUUCCUUCACAUGUCCUGUUAUAAAGUGUAAAUUUGCCAAAGAUUUUUCUCUGAAAUCUUCUCUCGGUAAAUAUUAUCGAUGAAAGAAUGUGAAAGUCAAGCAUUUCCAGUUGCUAAUUUUCAACGGUGGCUGAAAAAUGACAAUGAAUAUAAAGUCAGGCUGAAAAUGCAAAGGUCCGGUCUGGGCGAACUCUGCUGGUUCCGUCAUCUCUUUCGUCUUGUUUUAUUGAUUUACUUAAGGUCGCUCUGGCUGAAGCACAUAAGGGAUAUUCCAUGGAAACCUUUUGGCUCAAGAGCCAAGACUACUGAAACAUUCCACUGGUUGAGGGAAUUUGGGAUUUGAACCCAUGUUCCGCUGCUGUCACGCUCUCUCCGAUUUUGUUGUUUUGCUCGUCCCACCAAAGAACUACAGCACAGUAACAAUAGAAGCAAUUCUCUGCAACGUCGCUCGAUCAAACAGGCAAUAACUUCUCUGAUCCUAAAAUGCUUUACAAGUGCUUUCAAGUACAGGUGUGCUGAGGGCGUAGACAUGGCGGACUCUACAAGCCUUCCAGCACAUGUCCACAUGCGUUCUGUUUCCAUGCUUCGAUUGUUGCCCCUUACAUCAUCCAAAUUCAUUUGUUUUGCUUUAUCUGUAAUGUAAAAGUCUAGUUUGAUUAGAAUGGCUUUCUUUUAAAUGUCAAAUAUUCAUCCAUAAAUUUUAGUCACCUGUACAAGAUGAAUGUAAAAUUCAAUAUUAUUUUUAAGUUUUAUUCUGAGCAUAAAUUGGGCUCUAAAUUUGAAUCAGAAUCAUCCUUGUAGGUCCGAGUCGUGCAGAGGAUAAUUGAAGGCGGAGAAAAAAAAAGGAUUUCAACAUGAGAUUUUAAGAAGAUGAAUAUCAAGUGGAGAUGAAAGGGAGUUGAGAAGUGGAACAGUGAGCCGGACGAGGAUUAAAUUAAAGACACAAAUCCUCUAUCGUGGUGUAUUAAAAGUCAGAAAUGCUUUUUUCUUGUAUCCAAGUUUUACCGAAAAAAAUGUUUGUUUUAGUUGCCACUUAUUUAUGAUUUUUAAAAUGAAUGUGGAUUGGUAACCAAAAGUGUAUACUUGACCAAAUGCAAGUAAAGGAAAAACAAGUGGAGAAGUUCAGAAGGUGAUAACACAUGUGCUCAAUUUCCACUCUCAGAGAAGCAGACUGUCUUCAGUGUGAGGAGCUCAGUCAUUCAUCUGACACUUGGAGCACGUCUCUGAGUUCAGACCUGGUUGAAACAGCAGGAUGGAGGAUCAAACGCAGAGCGGAUGCUUCGCUCACUUUUAAUCUGUGAAACCCUGCUCGAAGAGAGGCUGUGCAGAACUGUCCACUCCAGCUUGGGAACAUCACGUUUUCCCAACUGGAGUCUGGACAUUCAAGAUGAAGCGAUAAACUUUAAGUAACUUAUUUGUGAGUGGUUUUGCCCCAAAUGGAAUCAUGCUAUAUAAAACCCUAUACUCUCUGUUGAUGCGAUGUGCUGCAGUAUUUACUUGUAUAUUUCUCCAAUGAGGAUUUUUUUUAAGGAUUAUUUUGUUUCUUUGGGUGAUGUCUUUCAUUUCAAUCUGUU